AUGGCUGCCUAUCUCACACAGCGCAUCGCACACCCACACAUCUGCCAUCCCCAUCACGGAAUCACAGUCUCGCGCGCUGGAACACCGGCGCCGGAGAAGCAAGCCAAAUGUGCAGGGCCCAUCUCCAAUGCUGCCGCCAAAGGCGUUUCCUUCUAUACGCCUGAGCAGGAUCCUGUGCCCGGAAGCGCUGUUCAGCCUCAGCCAUCCGGUAAACCUGUGCCUAAGCUGUUUACUCCCUUGAAGAUACGCGAUAUAGAGCUGCCAAACCGCAUUUGGGUGAGUCCCAUGUGCCAGUACAGCGCACAUGAAGGGUUUCAUACGCCUUGGCACAUCACUCACUAUGGCGGCAUGGCUCAGCGUGGUCCUGGACUUAUGAUGAUUGAAGCCACUGCUGUGCAGGCCAAUGGCCGCAUCACACCCGAAGAUUCGGGCAUAUGGCUUGAUGCGCACAUCGAUACUCUAAAGAAGCAUGUAGACUUCGCCCACAGUCAGAAUGCACACAUUGGCAUUCAAUUGGCUCAUGCUGGACGCAAAGCUUCCACCGUUGCACCUUGGCUCAGCUCCGGCGCAACAGCAACCGAAGCAGUUGGUGGCUGGCCGGAUGAUGUCGUUGGGCCAAGCAACGAGGCCUUCAACGAGCAUUACCCAAAGCCGCGUGCCAUGAGCCUCGCUGAGAUUGCUCGCUUCAAGCAUGACUUCCUCUCCGGCGUUCGCCGUGCCGUUCGCGCCGGCUUCGAUGUCAUUGAGCUGCACUUUGCGCACGGCUAUCUUGUUUCCAGCUUUCUGUCUCCGGCUGUCAACAAGCGAACGGACCAGUACGGUGGAAGCUUUGAGAAUCGUGCUCGCCUAGCACUGGAACUUGUUGAAGCUACGCGGAUGAUUCUACCAAAGGGAAUGCCAUUGUUUGUGCGCAUCAGCGCCACUGACUGGCUUGAUACGAACCCAGAGUGGAGAGGCGGGCCAAGCUGGACCAUUGAUGAGAGCGUCAAGCUCGCCAAACUCUUCGCCGAACGUGGUGUUGAUGUGCUGGAUGUAUCAACUGGUGGCAAUCAUGUGCAGCAAAAGGUUAUUGGCGGCCCUGGCUACCAAGCACCGUUUGCCAAAAAGAUAAAGGCCGCAGUUCAAUCUUCCAUGCUGGUCAGCUCUGUGGGAAGUAUCAAGACAGGAGAAGUAGCGCAGAAGCUUAUCAACGGCAGUGAAGAUCCCGAUGAUACUCCCCUGGACUUGAUUGCCGCAGGUCGCAUGUUUCAAAAGAAUCCGGGCUUAGUAUGGGCGUGGGCAGAUGAAUUGGAAGUAUCCAUUACUAUUGCGCACCAGAUAGGAUGGGGCUUUGGAGGAAGAGCUUCUAGAAAGUCGACCAAGUUGACAGUUCCCUGA